AUGAAGGACGUCUUCGAUAUGAGUAAAUGGCAUAAGUCCACAGGCACCUUCCGAAGCCCUCCACUGAAGGAUCCACUGAGACCUAGCAGCCUCCCAGCAGUUACUAUACACGAGAAACGAGACGUACUAGUCCGAAAUCUUCUUCAAAACUCGGCUGAGGCAGGAGACAUACCUCUGGACUCCCCAGCAGUCCCUAUCACUAGCCUCUACUUUCCAGACAUAUCAAUGUCACAGGUGGAGGAGUCAAUACUUCAGGCAGGAAACACAGCUCCUGGCGCAGACGAAAUCCCAACCUGCAUACUCAAAGUAGCAAGGCCUUUAAUUAAGGAUAAGGUACAAAUGCUAUACCAAGGGUGUCUAAAGAUUGGAUAUCACCCGAAAUGCUUCCGACAUGCAAUUUUAGCAAUUAUCCAGAAACCAAAAAAGACUGAUUGGUCCUCGCCCAGAUCAUACAGACCGAUCGCUCUCCUAUCAGUUCUUGGCAAAGGACUCGAGCGCCUAGUGGCACGGAAUAUGGCAUGGAUCUCUAUACACUACAAAGUAUUAGCGAGACAACAGUUUGGAGCUCUCCCACUAAGAUCUGCAAACGAUCUGACCACAUGCCUAACACAUGACGUUGAACAAGCGCUAAAUCAAGGCAUGACUGCCUCACUCCUUACCCUAGAUGUCAAGGGCGCAUUUGACGCCGUGCUUCCUGGCAGACUGAUCCGCAGAUUGCGUGAGCAGGGCUGGCCUACUAAUCUCGUCCUCUGGAUCGCCUCCUUUGCUACUGGGCGAUCAGUUCAGAUCCGCCUUGAUGGAGAGAUUGGCCCCUCAACAGACAUUGCCUGCGGCCUUCCACAAGGAUCCCCAGUAUCUGGCAUUUUAUUCAUGCUCUACAUAGCGCCUCUAUUCCGUCUAGGAAACCCAAGGAACAAAUUUGGCUACGCCGACGACGCAGCUAACCUGGCGAUCUCGACAUCCCUUGCUACUAACUGCGAAGCCUUAUCAGACUCACUUCAAGAAGCUCUUAACUGGGGUGCUGCAGAGGGCAUUACUUUCGCACCAGAUAAAUACGAGCUUCUUCACUUCUCUCGACGAAAAGCAGACCAGGACCCAACCUGCACACCUUCAGUAAAAGCUGGAUCUAUUACAGUCUCAGAAAAUACUAAACGCCUAUAUCUACGUUGGCUAGGAAUCCUCUAUGACAAAAAGCUCACAUUUAAAUGGCAUGUCGGUGAAACAGCAUCUAAAGCCCUCACUGUGGCUAAUGCCCUUCGCUCUCUAGGGAAUACUGCCCGAGGAGUUAAACCUUAUUUACUACAGCAAGCUGUAUUAGCCUGUGUACUCCACAAAGCAUACUAUGGUGCUGAAACCUGGUGGCCAGGACGUACUCGCCCUGGGCCUACCCAGACUUCAAACCGAGUUGGCGAACAUCUUAAGAAACUAACUAAAGUAGUACUAACAGCGCAAGAGCAGUCCUUCCAGUUUUCCGCACAACCCCAAUAUCUGUCCUUUACCGGGAAUCGAAUAGCCCUCCUCGCAACUGUCCGCCUACGGCGUCUGGAUCCUUACCACCCACUUCGAAGACGCGCGGAACAGGUUGCCAGUAAUAGCCGACAAACCAGCCGAUUUGCCCGCCGCAUACUGGCCCUCCCCAACUCUGAGCAGAUAAACCCUCUCCAACACGCUCCCUGGCACCCUCGCGAGACGCGCGAGAAUGCUCAAGCUCGAAUAGGAGCUCCCAUGGGACGCAGUAAGGAACAGGCAGCGGCUGAUUUUAUAGCUUUUCAACGCACCAUCCCUAGCUCUGAUAUUAUAAUCUUUUCAGAUGGAUCUAGACUAGUAGACGGACGUGCAGGAGGAGGUUACAUUGGAUUUCAAGCACACAAUCAGUUCCUCCGCUCCUCACUCUCAUAUGGACAUGGGAAAGAGGUCUUCGACGCAGAAGCAGAAGCUGCCCUAGCUGGUGCCCAAGCAGCAAUAGCAUACCCAACAGCUCAAUUUGCUACUAACUUAUGGAUCUGCCUUGAUAACUUAGAAGUUGCCACGCGUCUUCUAUCUCCCUCUACCGGAUCUUCUCAAGAAGCCUUUGAAUCCUUCCGCACCCUUGCAGCUGGCUGGCCACUACGUGAAAGGCUUCCACACACCAAAAGUGGAUCAGUCCAAAUCCGAUGGGUCCCUGGACACACUAAAAUCCCUGAGAAUGAAGCAGCAGAUUCUGCUGCUAAAGAGGGAGCUGCCUCUACCCCCCCCUCUCCAUGCAAGUCCUCAUAUGCCUCGCUAAAGAGACACGCCAAGACUCAAUCUCUCUCUGCUGCCCAGACACGGUGGCAGACCAUAGCACCACAAACUUACCAAGAUCUAGAAAUAACUACAUCUCCUAAGCGCCCUGGAGAGCUUCAACUUAACCGACUUGACCUUGGCCAUAUCAUUGCAGCCCGUACUGGACAUGGAGACUUCGCAGACUACCAUGAACGUUUUAAUCAUGAUGAUGCUCAUCUCCUCUGUCGAUGUGGAGCACGAAAAGCACCUCUACAUUUCUUCUUCUGCUAUAUAGCUAAGAGACGAGCCCCUCGUCCUCCUGGACCUCCUUCUGAGGUCAUAUCCUUCCUUCUAGGCACCGCGAAAGGAGCACAAAAACUAGCUACAUGGCUAGCAGAGACCCGUUUUUUUGAGGAUAUCUGUCCUCGCCAACCUCUCCUUAGCACCUAG